AUGGUUAAGUCUUUGCCCAUUUUGCAGACUGUUUUUGUGCCGGAUUUAAAUCCAGAUAUAUCAAAUAAUGAUUCCAAAUUGGCAAAAAUAAUACGAAAGAAAUUUCCAAACAAUCAAUACUUCGAGAAAAGUUCAUUGAACAACAUGUGGAAGAAGAAGGGUAACAGUAUUCUGGAAGUCUACCGGUACGAUUUGGGUAUCACCGAACAGAUCUGUUUCUGCGUAUAUGCCAUUUUCAAUAGGAUCGGUCUCAAUAAUCAUAUUACGACAAGAGCAGUUAAUUUGUUAGAAGCGAUCAGCGAUAUCUUUGGUGUAAGCUUUAAUCCGAGCUAUGUGCCCGCUGGUUUCGCUUUCAAAUCAGAUAAAAUGAAUUAUCUUGAUAGACUACUGACAAAUGUUAUCAUGUAUAUAAUAACUUAUGGUCUAACAAAGCUUAUUUGGGAACCAACAGCUCAAAGUCUCCAAUAUCAUUUACCCAAUAAAUUCGACUAUAGUGGAGCAGUGAAAGAAAGCUCGUUCGUCUUUGUCAACGCCGAAGAAUUGAUAGAAUUUCCCCGUCUGGUCAGUCGUAAAAUUGUAUUUGUUGGCGGAAUAGCUGUUUCGGAAGCUUCACCGCUCAUUGAGAAAUGUAAUAUAAGCGGAUGGCGUGGAACCAAUCAUGCGAAUCAUACUAAAUUUAAUCCAGGAUUAUCGACAAAUUAUGGAUCAUUCUGGAUUUUAGUAUCUUUGGGACUAUAG